AUGAGUGACACUGAGGAUAUAAUUUCGAAAAAGAGGAAAAAGGGUAUCAGGAAUACAGAGGAAUACAAAGCGGUGAAAAUUAAGAGAAGUAGAUUGUCCGGACAACCUUAUAGAAAUUAUCGAGGCAACCUGGUUCCAGGAAACGUGACGGGAGAACAAUGCACAAUUUUUUCGGAAGAAAUUGAACAGGAGUUGCAAAAUAUCAUUGGUAUAGGUUCUACAGCUUCAGGAAUUCUUAAUGUGGGAAUAGAAAGAAUCAAUUAUUCAAAUGGGGUAGGAAACAUCAAUAGAGUAGAUGAAACAAAUGGGCUACUCGAAGCAGAUGUAGCUGACGAAGAAAUUGAUGGAAAUGCAUGCGAAAAAGUUGCUAAUAUAGAAGUAAGUAAUGGAAACGUCAUUUCUGAUCAUGAACGAACCAUCCAAAAUGAUAUUCCAGACCUCAACUUUGAUUGUUCGGAUAUUCGAAUUUAUAACAGCAGCCUUUUUGAAGAAGUCGAGCGGAAUUUUGGAGAUAGCAAAAUCAAUACUCCUCGCGAUAAUUCUGUGUAUCCGAAUGAAACUUCGAUAUCAAAUAAUACUAGACAAAAAUUUGAAAGUAGCGGAAAUGAAUUCAUUUCAGAUAUACUAGCUUGGAGAGCAUCAGGUCCUCCUAGAGAUACCGAAAGUCCCCAAAAUCCAGAAAAACAAAUUUUAUAUCAACGAGUUGACAAAAUAGCCGGUUCUGUUAAGUAUAAUAAGCUACACUCUUGUUUCAUUUGUCAUGAUAAAUGCAUCGAACUCAAGCAUAAAGACAACUUCGGAGUUGCUAGAAUAUUAGCCAAGGAUAAAAAAUGUUCGGAACGGCGAAACGGGUUUAUAGAACUCAUAAUAGUUGGUGACUUUCACCACAAUAUAGAAGUAUUGAUGACCAAAGAGGGUGAACUGAUUUUGGAGCGAAGACCGGAGCAUGCCAGUGCUUUAUCUGUUGACGAUUACGGCCCGUGCCCAUAUUGCCUGGGUUUCAUGUUGCAACAUAUCAAGAAAUGUACGAAGAGAUGUAUGUCAGACUCAGAAAUAAAGAAAUCCUCUAUACUAUUAGAAAGUAAAGCUAUAACGAAUGUGAUAUUAUGCGAAGGACAUACGGAUUUCCAAGAUAAUGUUUUGAAAAGUCUCAAGAAUGAUAAUAUAUCAUAUUUAUGUAAAACUGACAAGCUGAUUUCCGGAGUUGACAUGAUGCUUUAUGAAGAACAUGGUGGAACUCAGAAUCAAUUAAUACGACAGACUAUGCGCCAAAUGGAAAGAUUAUUGCAAGAACUAAAAAAUACUAAGCCUGAUUUCAAAACGAAAACUCUUGCUUUUUUCAUUGCUCCCAAAUAUUUUGACCACAUUGUGGAUAGUGUUGAAACAAUCUGCGAAGUAAGCAGGAAGAAAAAUGAGAAAAUGGAAUAUGGAAUUCCUUCUUUAGCACUCAAACUUGGACAUAGUCUGAGGAAGUGUGUUGCAUACUUGAGAGGCCAAUCUCUCAGAAAUGGUCUGACAUAA